AUGGCUCCAGCUCUCGUAGAAACGCCGCUCCAAGAGACUAUUACUACCAACUACGCCAAGUCUGGAACUGGUGCAUAUAAGGAGGCGUUCCAAAGUGGCCCUAAGAAUUUCAGGGUAGAUGCAGAAUUGAAGGGAACCGAAAAGCAGCCUCCGGCCAAGUACCCAAACUACUUGCCGACAUGGAACAAUAAGAAAUACCCGCCUCUUGAGCCGUUCGAGCAUUACGAGCACGGCAAGGAUGCAGAAGAUGCUAGCUUCUCGAACCUUCUCAAGGACGCCACUAGGAUUGAUGAUCUUACUGCGAACAUUGGCGCUGAGGUUCAUGGCGUGCAAUUGAGUAGGCUCACAGAUGCCGGCAAGGACGAGUUAGCAUUGUUCGUUGCUCAAAAAAAGGUCGUCGCCUUCCGCGAUCAGGACUUCGCAGACCUUCCCAUCGGUGAUGCGUUGAAUAUCGGAGGUUACUUCGGACGACAUCACAUCCACCCGACCUCUGGUGGUCCAGAAGGUCAUCCAGAAGUGCACUUAGUCCACCGUGGUGCCGACGACACCACCUCCCGUGAUUUCUUCGAGGAACGCACCAACUCAGUGACGUGGCACUCCGAUGUCUCUUACGAGAAGCAGCCGCCAGGCACCACUUUCCUUUACCUUCUGGACGGACCAGCUGCAGGUGGAGACACGCUCUUCGCCAACCAGGCGUUGGCAUACCGCAGGCUUUCGCCAGAGUUCCAGAAGAGGCUUCACGGUUUGAAGGUCAUUCAUUCCGCCGUUGAGCAAGCCGACAACAGCAAGAACCGUGGAGGCAUCGUCCGCCGCGAGCCUGUCACCUCGAUCCACCCUCUCGUACGUACGCAUCCUGCGACCGGCGAGAAGGCCCUGUAUAUCAACCCGCAGUUCUCACGGCGUAUAAUCGGGUACAAAAAGGAAGAAAGUGACCAUCUCCUCAAUUUCUUGUACGAUCAUCUCGCGAAGGGUCAAGACUUCCAGGCUCGCGUAAAAUGGGCCCCAGGAACGGUCGUGGUAUGGGACAACAGAGUCACGGCUCACUCGGCUCUUCUUGACUGGGAAGACGGAGCGCGCAGGCAUCUUGCUCGGAUCACGCCACAGGCCGAGGCUCCCUACGAGACUCCCUUUGAGGGCUAG